AUGAAGUUCACUGGAAUUGCCCUCGCCGGCCUUGUCAGCUGCGUCGCUGCCCUGCCUCCCGCCGGUUUCUUCCCUCCUCCUCCCCCGUUCGCGUCGGGCACUCCCUCCUCCAGCGCUCUGCCGUCGUCCUCCAUUGCCGCCAGAGACUUCCCCUUCUUUGGCGAGCCACCGGCCACCCCGAUCACUCCCUCUGGCUCAGCCAGUGUGACCCCCAGCGCCUUCCCCUGGGGACCUUUCGAGAAGCGCCAGUUCUUCCCUCCGCCGCCUCCGUUCCCGGUCACUCCUUCUGGUGCUCUGCCUACUCCUAGUGGCACUCCCUCCGGCCCCCCCUCGGGUCUUCCUACCGUCACUCCGUUCUAA